AUGGUAGCAAAUGGGCUUUCAACCUCCACACAGUCACUCAUACCCAUCUUCAAUGGUGAGAAAUAUGAGUUUUGGAGCAUCAAAAUGAGAACCUUGUUCACGUCUCAAGAGUUAUGGGACGUGUUUGAGCAUGGCAUUACUGAUGAAGUACUUUCAGAUGAAGAGAAAAAAUUGAAUACUCCAAAGCCUUGUUCUUUAUUCAACAAGCGAUACAUGAGUCAUUCGAGAAUUGCAGUAGUAGAAACUACAACAAAGGCUUGGAAGAUCUUAAAGAAUGAAUAUCAAGGGUCUGCAAAGGUAAUUACGGUAAAAUUGCAAACUUACUGUCGUGAUUUUGAAAAUUUGCUUAUGCAAAACAAUGAAUCUGUGCAAGAUUAUUUGUCUCGUGUGUCUACCCUUGUUAAUAAAAUGAAGUCGUAUGGUGAAAAAAUCACUAAUGAAAUCAUAGUUGCAAAAAUCUUGAGGAGUCUCACUCCAAAUUUUGAACAUGUGGUUGCUGCAAUUGAGGAGUCUCAUGAUUUAUCUUAUUUCUCUUUUGAUGAAUUAAUGAGUUCUUUGCACGCUCAUGAAGAAAGGCUGAAUAGAUCGCAUGACAAAAAUGAGGAAAAAGCAUUUCAAGUGAAGGUGGAGUCAUCUCAGAAGGGCAAGGCGGAAAAUUUUUCUGAGAAGAAACAAGGCAGAGGCGAUAAUUAUGGUGGUUUUCAUGGUAGAGGACGUGGCAGAGGCAGAGGAAGAGGACAAUUUGGUGAAUACAGGCAGAAUAAGAGUUCAAUUUGGUGCCACUAUUGCAACAAACUUGGCCACAAAGAAGCUGAUUGUUGGGCUAAGCAAAAGAAUGCCAAUAGUCAAGCAAAUUUCGCAGAGAAGGCAGAUGAAGACAGUAAGCUUUUCAUGGCCCAUUUUUGUAAUAAUGUAGUCUCUGAUGAUGUUUGGUUCUUGGACAGUGGAUGUUCUAAUCAUAUGACGGGAACAAGAUCAUUGUUCAAGGAACUUGAUGAGUCACAAAAGUCAAAAGUGAGGUUAGGUAGGGGUGUUCAAAAAAAUACAAAAGCUGAACCGAACCGCUAA